GCGAGGGAGCGUGUGGUGCGGGGCGGUGCGGGGCGGGCUCCCGGGAUGCGGGUCAAGGUGCUGAGCCGCAACCCGGACGACUAUGUCCGCGAGACCAAGCUGGACCUGCAGCGCGUUCCAAGAAACUAUGACCCUUUAUUGCAUCCAUUUGAGGUUCCACGGGAGUACACAAGAGCUCUGAAUGCAACAAAGCUUGAACGUGUGUUUGCAAAACCCUUUAUUGGCUCACUUGAUGGCCACAGAGAUGGAGUUAAUUGCAUUGCCAAACAUCCAAAGAGUUUGUCUACAGUACUGUCUGGAGCUUGUGAUGGAGAGGUCAGAAUUUGGAACUUGACCAAACGACAGUGCAUUCGUACUAUACAAGCCCAUGAAGGCUUUGUUCGAGGCAUGUGUGCUCGUUUCUGUGGUACAUCAUUCUUUACUGUUGGUGAUGACAAAACUGUGAAGCAGUGGAAAAUGGAAAGCCCAGAAUAUGGAGAAGAAGAAGAACCUAUUCAUACAAUUCUUGGAAAGACAGUGUAUACAGGAAUUGAUCAUCACUGGAAGGAAGCUGUUUUUGCCACCUGUGGCCAGCAAGUGGACAUUUGGGAUGAGCAAAGGACAAGUCCCAUGUGUUCUCUGACAUGGGGUUUUGAUAGCAUAAGCAGUGUAAAAUUUAAUCCCAUUGAGACCUACCUUUUGGGAAGCUGUGCUUCUGACAGAAAUAUUGUACUAUAUGAUAUGAGAAAAUCAACUCCAUUAAAGAAGGUUAUCUUGAACAUGAGGACAAAUGCACUGUGUUGGAACCCCAUGGAAGCUUUCGUUUUUACUGCAGCAAAUGAAGAUUACAACCUAUAUACUUUUGAUAUGCGCUACCUGGAAUCACCUAUGGUGGUGCAUAUGGAUCACGUGUCUGCUGUUCUCGACGUGGAUUAUUCACCCACUGGGAAAGAGUUCGUCUCAGCCAGCUUUGAUAAGUCUGUCCGCAUUUUUCCUGUAGACAAAGGUCACAGCAGGGAGGUGUAUCAUACCAAGCGAAUGCAGCACGUCAUCACUGUAAAAUGGACUUCAGAUAGCAAAUAUAUUCUGUGUGGCUCAGAUGAGAUGAAUAUUCGUCUGUGGAAAGCUAAUGCUUCUGAAAAGCUGGGAGUGCUUGCACCACGAGAGAAGGCAGCUAUGAAUUACAACCAGAAGCUGAAGGAGAAGUUCCAGUAUCACCCAAAGAUCAGACGCAUAGCUCAGCACCGUCACUUGCCUAAAAGCAUAUAUUGCCAAAUCAAGGAGCAACGGAUCAUGAGAGAAGCUCGUCGGCGAAAGGAACUGAAUCGUCGUAAGCACAGCAAACCAGGAUCUAUGCCGUUUGUUUCAGAGAGGAAGAAACAUAUUGUGGCAGUAGUAAAAUAAUUGUUUUCACAUGCACAAAAUGUCACAAUGAAAGCCAGUGUGACCAUUGAAUGAAUCCACUGUAUGAAAUUUAAUGGACAGCGUACAGCUCCAGAAACAUGGCUUUUCUUCCAAGUAUUCACAUGCUCUGAUUUCUCAAGUCAUCGUCCACUUUGAGUGAGAAUUUGUCCUGUUAUCUUUUGUUGAUAUUUGUGUAUCUGAUGUUACUGGCCCAACACUGUGGAGUUGGACCCUUUUUGAUAUAGGCAGGUGACUUGGUACUUGGUGGAGUUCCAAUCCUGUUCUGUGGUACCAUUACUGCAAAAGAAGGAUGAGCUUUGCCACAGGCAAAAGAAAUGUGUUCCAGAGAAAGUUAUAAAAUCAGUUGUCCUUACAUUUUUUUUUUUUUUUUUAAAAACAAAUCUAAUAAACAAGUGACCUUAAUGCAGUGGACUAGAUCUUGAUUAUUCCAACCGAGAAAUACAAUGCAUUCAUUAUACAUAUUGCAAUAUGAUAUUUUUCUUUUAUCCAAAAAGAAUUCAAUGGAAUUCUCAGACAUCUGUAAACAUAUUUGUAGUUUUGUGCUGUCUUCUUAACUGUUGUUACUUGACACUGUUGAAGUUGCUAAUAAUAAUGACAUAGUUGAAUAAAUACCUUCUGUCUUUAGCAUAUUUAAAACUUCUAAAAUCUGGAUGAAAGAUGACAUAAAUUGUAUAGAGCCCAGAAACUUCUUCAGAUGAGACAGUAAAUCUUCUAUUUUAAGUCUAUAUAAAAAAUUAAAGGCUUCUUUUACUGUUUUUCUGCUUCUCUUCCAUUGGGAUAGAUGUAGCUUUUUACUGAAGAUACUGAGGUGAUCAGAAAACUAUGCUGGAAUUGAACUAGGCCUUCUAGGCUGAAGGCUCCUCAUGCAGAAAUAUGAGAUAUGUAAUAACCAUAACUGUUGCUUAACAUAUUCUGUACUAAAGGAUCUUUAAGUGUUUGCACUACUAUGCAGUCUAUAACUACACUCCUCUUUCCCCAGUUUUAUGCGCAAUUUUUUUUAAUGAACUUAGAAUAAACUAUAUAGUUGAUAUAUUAUUUUGUUUAAUCUGGAAAUUGAGCACUUGCCUUCACGUGGCAUCGUUUUUUUAAUGUAUCUACUGACACUAACAUCCUUAUGUAUUCCUAGUUUGUACUCUUUCACUUGUCUCUUCCAGCAGCAUUUGGACAAGAUUCCUGGAUCAUCAUCACAAAAUUAUGGCAGUUUGGUGAUAAGAGCCCAUAAUACAUCUUUUACUAUCUGGAUCACUUACCUUAUGGGGUGAUGAUUCUGUGAUUCUCUGAUUUUAUAAAGUCACUUCUAAAAGUGACCUUGAGAGUGGAGAAGAGAGAGGGAAUUGCUGAUUUCAAAGGGGAAAAAAGCAUGUUUCAUAAUGUUGGUGGAAUUUCCAAAUAAAGUUGUUGGCUUGUUA